UCGUCCGUGUAUCGUCCCCCUCCCGCGUGCAUUCUACGUGUAUCUCCAAGUCAAACAUGGACGUCGUCAAUCUGCUGGUGGCUCAGGGUCAAUUCAGGGUCCUGAAGGUUCCACUGGGCUUCAUCAAAGUUCUACAGUGGUUCUUCGCCAUCUUGGCCUUCUCGACAUGUGGGAGUUAUUCGGGAAUGUUCCGCUUGUCAGUGGAGUGCAAGAACCGCACAGAGAGCAACCUGAACGUCCAGGUGGACUUUGAAUAUCCUUUCAGGCUGCACCAGGUGUACUUUGACGCCCCGACAUGCAAGCGGGGCACGGAGCGUGUGUUCCUGGUGGGCGACUAUUCUUCCUCUGCGGAGUUCUUUGUGACCAUCGGCGUCUUGUCCUUCCUGUACGUGACGGCGGCGCUGAGCAUCUACGUGUUCUUCCUGGACAAGUACAAGGAAAACAACAAGGGCCCCCUGCUGGAUCUGGGCGUGACGGGUGUGUUGGCUUUCAUGUGGCUGGUGAGCUCAGCGGCAUGGGCGAAGGCGUUGUCCGAUGUUAAGACGGCCACCAACCCUGACCGCGUCAUCACACUGAUCUCUGCCUGCGACGGCGAAGAGAACCGAUGUCGCGAAGUCCACGACCCAGUCGUGUCUGGGCUCAACACGUCUGUGGCGUUCGGUUUCGUCAAUCUGGUUCUGUGGGUGGGAAACCUGUGGUUCGUCUUCAAGGAGACGGGGAUCAUUGCCCCCUUCAUGAGAGCCCCGCCCCCUCAGGAGAAGCCCGCCGCUGUGGAUGCGUACGAGCAGGACCCCUACGCCGGCGGCCAGGGGGUCUACCAGCCUGACUACAACCAGGACGUCGAGUACGGCCAUCAGGGAGCGCCCACCUCCUUCUCCAAUCAGAUGUGAAGCUUGGCUGGAUCACAUGAUCAUGUCUUCUCUCCUUCACAGGAAGUGAUGGCCUGCUAGCUUCCCACACUGCUGACAGGCGAUGAUGUCAUCAUAAUAAAUACCCCACCCCUUAAACUCAUGAUUUCACUGAAACAUUGCUUCCUUCUUCUUGUCAUUUUUCUUUUCCUCCUUCUCCACCUUCUUUUUCUUCUCUUCCUUCUUCUUUUCCUACUCCUCCCCUGUCUUCUUCUCCUCCGUUUUCAUUUUCUUCUUGUCAUGAAGACACCACUUCCAAUCUUCUUCUGAUGCUAACUAUGCUAAUCUUUGGCAUCUUAGAAACGAACAAAAACCUUGACAGCAGGCUAACUCACGGCUAAAGCAGAUCAAUCAGCCAAUCGGCAUCCAUCUUUGUGGGAAGCUUGUGUUGUACAAUGAUGCUCCUACAUCCUGUGUGUUUGUGUGCGUGUGUGUUUCUUCCUGUUGGACUCCGUAACAAUGGUGAUGAUGAUGUUGUUGCUAAGGACACGCCCCCCCGCCCCUCCCCUUGUGUUUAUUUCGUGUAAGAUUUCAAUAAACAAGUGAAGAAAC